UACUCCCAACCACAGCAGAUCAUUUCUUGAUUGUCUUUUGGGUGUUUCUGCUUCGCUUCUCGCUUCGCACCUCCCUUCAAAAUCUCAAAAACCACUCACUCUCUCUCUCUCUCCCGAUCACGCCGAGAGAACCAAACCAAACAGAACUCCUCCGCCGUCUCUCUCUCUCCGUCGCCUCGUCCGGCUACGACGCCCUCCCACCGAAGCAGCUCCUCAAUCGCCGCAAUCAAUCCCUAACCGACACAAACUUCCCUCUUUAGCUCCUCUUUUCAACCUCUGCCGGAAUCCGUUAGUUUGGUUCUGAUCAACCUCUCGCAGGGUUUGGAAUACUGGAAAUUUCGGUAAAUGUUGUAUUUCCGAAAGAAAAAGAAAUUCAAGUAAGUUCGCAAUGUAGGGAGUGGAUGCCAAAUAAUUCUUAUGCUUCGGGAGUUCGGAUCGGAGUUAUGGACGUUCAUAAUCUGCAAGUGCUCAUAUAAUCUUUGCCAAUGUGUGUUUCUGAUUUAUGAAGGGUCCUUGGUAUGAAGGAUUACACCAACAGGAGUGAGGGUAGACUAAUUUUAGUACUUUGGUUGUGAUUGGAACGGGGAAGAGGGGGCCAGGGAAGAAUGAGAGGUAACUGGGUAAAAAUUCGCCCCAAACCACGUGUUUCUUGUUUGCUGUUAUGCGGAUUAGAGGGGCAGGGGCUGUAAGUGAGGAUGAAUCUACAACAACCUGGGCAGCCCAAGUCCUCCAAUGGAUACAGCCGCCGAAAAUCUGAAAGAGAAGGGACAAUUAAAUCUGAGAAUAAAAUCCCGUCUGGCAAAUUAAAUGCCAGCAGAUUAACAAAUACAGGUGCAGUGACUGGCAGUAAAGGUGGCAAUUACGAUAAUCCUUCACAUGAUCGAUUAGUAUAUGUAACAACAUGUCUUAUUGGGCACCAGGUGGAAGUCCACUUGAAAAAUGGAUCCACGUACACUGGAGUCUUUCAUGCGACAAACACUGAAAAAGAUUUUGGAAUCAUUUUGAAAAUGGCUCGCUUAACAAAAGAUGGUUUGUCACGAGGACAGAAAUCUGGUGCAGAAUUCGUCAGCAAGCCCCCUAUGAAGAUUUUAAUUAUACCUGCCAAAGACCUUGUCCAAGUUAUAGCACAGGAUGUUGCUAUUGCCAGGGAUGGUUUACCUAAUGAAUCUCACCAGGAUAUGCAUCAGGAAAUCAUGGUUGAUUCAUUGAUAUCUCAAUCUCGUCAUGUUGAGCUAGGGAGAGAAUUAAAACCCUGGGUACCUGAUGAAGAUGAUCCACAAUGCCCAGAACUGGAAAACAUAUUUGAUGGCCAUUGGAAUAGAGGAUGGGAUCAAUUUGAAACAAAUGAGGCAUUGUUUGGUGUAAAAAGCACAUUCAAUGAGGAACUUUAUACAACAAAGCUUGAAAAAGGGCCUCAGACAAGAGAAUUGGAAAAGCAAGCUUUAAGAAUAGCAAGAGAAAUUGAGGGUGAGGAAACCCAAGAUCUUCAUCUUGCGGAGGAAAGAGGCUUUCACUUGCAUGAAGACUUUGAUAUUGAUGAAGAAACUAGAUUCUCUUCAGUUUAUAGGGGCAAACGUGCUGAUGACAGUGGAUUUGAUGAGGAUGUACUGUUUGAAACCCACAGUUCUGAUACUUUUGGUGGUGUAUUUGGUUCGGUUGUUAAGAGGUCUAGUGAAAUAACUGGUGGAAAAGGAAAUGAUGGAGCUCGAACAUUGGAUCACACGCAAUCAUCUCAGUCAAGUACUAGUGUGGAUUUAAGCCGCUCUGGUUCUUAUGAUCAUGCUAAGCAGUUAGCAUCUGAACUCCCUGCCAUAAGCUAUUCAUCGGUGGAUGGGGAAAGCAGGAUUCUGGAGAACUCAAUUAGUAAUCAACAUGGAGACAAUGAUACUAAGGAAGCAAGUGUGAUUCAAGCUGAGGAUGUUCAACUGUCAAAAUCUGAGGAUUCACAGGGAUCACUCUACUUGAAGAAGGAUGGCACUGAUAAAGGGGUAUUAUCUCCGAAUGCUAGCUCCUAUGCCCCUUCAAUUCAUACUUCAUUAAAAGCUCAUGAAAAGAUGGGAUCACAUGGAGAUUUAAUUGAGGGUUCAGCAACUGGCAAGGUUAAUGGGGAAACAAAAUCUGUAAAUUCACGUGGGACCCCAUAUGUGUCAGAUUCAGUUGGAGUCCCUGUAGCAUCUUCUGGUCCUGGCUUAUCUCCAAGUUCAUCAGUUGGUUCACUGUCUUCUGAAAAAUCAACUCUGAAUCCCAAUGCAAAGGAAUUCAAGCUUAACCCUAAUGCAAAGAGUUUUAUUCCAUCACCUGCUCGGCCUCCCACUCCACCGUCCGAUGGUUCCUUCUAUUUUCCAACUAAUGUAACUACUGUACCAAGUAUGCCAGGCAUGCCCAUGGGUAUUGGAAUUGGACCUACUUUUGCUGGUCCACAACCUAUGGUGUAUAAUCCUCAGGUAGCACCAAUGCCGUCUCAAGCAUAUUUUCAUCCGAAUGCACCACAGUAUGGACAGCUCCUUGGUCAUCCUAGGCAAGCUAUAUACAUGCCGGGUUACCUGCCCGAAAUGCCAUACAAGGGACGGGACUAUUGACGACUUGGCUAUUAGCAUUCUUGUUGGCAAGUCAAAUCCUUGCUUGAAAAGAAUAAACAAAGUGGUUGUCCUGAAAAGUUUUAAACGAGGAUAUCUGCAGCUGAUGCGAAAUCUCUAAAGGCAUAUGUUAUGUUGUUUGCCAAGUUUGCUAAUUCUGGGAGAUAAUUUUAUUACCUUGUUUUAACCCAUGCAUAUACAUCUUUUGGGGUUUCUCAGGCUUUGGUUGUGUAAUAGAUUAUCUCAGAUUGACCUUUCCCAUCCUUUUUUUUCCCUCUUUAAAUUCAAAGUUUACUUCUUUUAACCUCAA